AUUGAUUCAGUGGCAAUAUCGCAAUUGAAGCCAACUUCUUUGCACACGUAAUUUUUAAUCGCCUGCCUGGUGGCGUUAUCCUGCCACUGUCUAGGGUUCCUUGCUCCGGUAGUCUCCAAGGAAGAUGAAGGGGAAGGCCAUAUCUGGUGAAUUUUUGACACAAGAACACCAUGUUAAAGGGUCAGAGAUCUUUAUUGGUGGCUUGUCUCGUUCUGUAACAGAAAGCGAUAUACAUGAGCUCUUUUCCCCUUAUGGAAUGAUAAUUGAGUUAAGGAUGAUGAAGGAUCAAGAUGGUAACUCAAAGGGUUUUUGUUUUGUUCGAUUUGGUCAAAAGGAAUCAGCUUCCAGAGCCAUUAGGGAGAAGGAUGGUUUUGUGCUCCAUGGGAAGAGUAUGGGUGUUGAUUUUUCUUCAGAUCAAGAUUCACUGUUCUUUGGGAAUCUCCGUAAAGACUGGAGCUUGGAAGAAUUUGAAAAACUUGUUCACCAGGCAUUUAAAGAUGUUAUCUCAGUGAACCUCCCAAUGCCCCCAAUUGCUGGAGAUUCUAUGGCAGGGAAAAGGAGACUGAAUCGCGGAUUUGCUUUUGUGCAUUUCUCUUCUCAUGCUGUAAGAUGUUGAAUAAUACAAUAUGAAGUUUCUAAGUUUACAUGCAUUUUGUGCUAAUUUAAAUCGUACUCUUAAGUC